AUUGCCAGCAUUGCCCAAGGAACCACGUCAGAAUGCAGAUCCUUCACAACUUAUUCGCACUUCUCGUCGUCCUUCUGGCGAUUUUAGCCAACUGCGAUGCGCGUCGAAGCGCUUACCGCUUGCCAAAACUCCAGGGACGCAGUGCCUCCGGCAGUCCGGCGCCGCAGGAUGUGGGAUCUGGUCGGGAUUUUAUGAAGAAGUUCAUGCUGAUGCGGGGCCUUUUUCAGCAACCGCCCAGUGACAAUGUGAUCGUUAUCACACAGCCAUCGACCACAACUACCACGACCACGCCCACUGGCUCGCCCACGACAACCACCUCGACAACGACUACAACCACACCCACGUCCAACAGUACGGGUCGCUCACUGCAGGAGAGUGUGCAUCGCCAGCAGCCGCAGGAUGACGAUGAGGCCCAGGAAACCGGCGUGACCACACUGACUGGCCGGGUGCUCGAUGAUCGCCUGGAUCUUCCGGAUGGCGAGGAGGAGCCGCAGGAAUUGGUGACCCACAAACAUACACAAAAGCCGAAGAAAUUCAAUAUGAAGAGCGUAAAGUUGAAUAACAGAAAGAAGAACUUGGUGAAGAAGACCCAUCGACGGGUGCACAAGCAUCCCCAGAAAAAGAAGCGACAUCAGAAGAGGAAGCUCAACAAAAAACAGUCGGCGGCGAAUCAGCAACGCAACUCGGAGCCCGCGGUAAACUUCAUCGAACCCUACCAUCAAGAUCGAGGCCAAUCCCAAGCUGGUGGUCAGUCCACCUCCGAUUCUCGAUUGCAGCGCAUCUGGCGACGCUUCCAAAUCGCCAACUAACUUAACCAUUGUAGCUAUAAAUUCUUUUUUUUUCUUCCUUUUUUUUAAGUGCUAUAACAAACAUGAAAGCAAUUUAAAUCCCAACCAGAUUCAGCAAUGAUUAUUG